UCCUUCCUUGCUCGCAGUGUCCAUUCGUCCUCUUGAGAGCUCAGUAGUCAGCGAUCCAGCGACCCGGUCAACACUAGGUGAGCUUGCAAAAGCUCUUGCACUGGGAACGUGAUGCGUGCAUUGCAAUAAUAAAUUUAUCGUGUGAAAAAGGGAGAAUAUUUAAAAAUAACACAGGUAUAUUAGAUGAUCAAGAGCUCAGCACGGAAUUUUUAAAGAAAAAUAAGAAGUGGUGCAAUAAGGAUUAGUAUUGGAAAAAUGUAAAAACGGCGCUAAGGCGUCGAGCGAUGUCUUCGUUGUUGGUAAACAACUGUACGGACGAGGAGGAUUCCGAGGAUGUCGAAGCAAAGCACGCAAGCUGGCGAUUCAGCAGGAUCAUCAUUAGUGACAUCCGUUUAUACGUGGAAGGACUGUGGUUAGAUACAAAUAAAUAAUUGAAAUUAAUUUGUGCGAUCGCAUUAGUGAAUGUACUGCGAUUGACAUCAUUUGCAACUUGACAAUGAUGAGGUGACAAAAAAAAUUGGCCAUCGUUGCCGUUUUAACAUACUUUUUCAUAUAUUAUAUAUAUAUAGAUAUAUUCUGUGGUUACCAAAGUUAUCUUUGAGAUAAAAAAAAAUUGUGAAAAUUUUCAAAGAAUAAAUAAAAAUCUCUUUUUUAAAAAGAAAAGAAGCUGAGCGAAAAGUGGAUCGUCAGUCAUCUCUUUUACUCUGGGGAUGGAAAAUUGUCAUUCACGAGUACGAUUGAAAGUAGUAGGAAGUAAAGGAAGUGUUAAAAGGGGAAGUAGUCACGAAAGUGAUGAAGAAGAUCCUUUAAGAAGACUAGUGAAAGUGAGAGACUGUUGGAUAGAUCGACCAAUAAAAGAACUAAAAAAAACAAAGGUGUCGAGUGCGAUUUGUAGAGGUGGCUGUGACGUCACACGCUCGAUGACGAUGACAAUGAUGCUUCUAAAAACGCUGUGGAGUCGCAAGUGACAUAAAAAUUUCGUUUUUAGUGUGGGUGAAGUGUUGGGUGUGACGUGUUAUUUAUUCCCAUACACGCAGCCCUCGCCUUUAAGUGCUUUGUGAUAUCUAGAUUCUUGUUAAGAAUACAAAAAAAUUUCUGGAGGGAAGGAAGUAGAUAAUAAAGUUAUACGUUUAUUAUCAAGCUGGCGUGACACGCCGGAGAUUUUUAAAACGGUGAAAGGAUGCCAGGGGGUCGUAGGGGCCUGGUAGCCCCUCAAAACACGUUCUUGGAGAACAUCAUUCGAAGGAGCAGCAGUCAACCGGACAGCAGCUUCCUACUUGCCAAUGCUCAAAUUGUGGAUUUUCCUAUAGUUUAUUGCAACGAAAGUUUCUGUAAAAUAUCUGGAUAUAAUCGAGCCGAGGUGAUGCAAAAGUCAUGUCGGUGUGGAUUCAUGUACGGCGACCUAACAGACAAAGAGACAAUCGCCAGAAUGGAGGAAUGUCUAGAAGCUCAGAUCCACGAUCAAUUCGAGAUUCUCCUCUACAAAAAGAACAGUAAUCCCAAAGAGACUCCAUUAUGGCUCCUACUGCAAAUAGCACCAAUAAAGAACGAGAGAGACUUGGUGGUGCUGUUUUUGUUAACUUUUCGCGAUAUUACGGCCUUAAAACAGCCUAUCGAGACAGACGACAGCAAAGGUGGUCUUUCAAAGUUUGCCAAACUUGCAAGAUCAGUAACCAGAUCUCGUUCUGUUCUGGUUUCGCAGUUCAGCUCUCAUUUGCCAGCUGUGAAAGACACUCUGCCUACAACAACCAAACAGUCUCACCUUGGUCAUAUGAUGUCAUUAAGUGGCGAUGUAAUGCCACAAUAUCGUCAAGAAGCUCCAAAGACUCCACCACACAUUCUACUCCACUAUUGUGCAUUUAAAGCCAUUUGGGAUUGGAUAAUUCUUUGUCUUACGUUUUACACUGCUAUUAUGGUACCGUACAACGUGGCCUUUAAGAAUAAAACCAGUGAGGAUGUUUCAUUGCUUGUAGUCGACAGUAUUGUUGACGUUAUAUUUUUCAUCGACAUCGUGCUCAACUUCCAUACGACUUUCGUCGGCGCAGGUGGCGAAGUCGUUUCCGAUCCAAAAGUUAUAAGAAUGAACUACCUGAAGUCGUGGUUUAUUAUAGAUUUGCUCAGUUGUCUACCCUACGAUGUAUUUAAUGCCUUCGACCACGACGAAGAUGGUAUUGGAAGUCUUUUUUCUGCCCUUAAAGUUGUUCGAUUGUUAAGGCUUGGACGAGUUGUUCGGAAAUUGGACCGAUAUCUAGAGUACGGUGCUGCGAUGUUAAUUCUUCUGCUUUGUUUUUACAUGCUGGUAGCCCAUUGGCUUGCCUGUAUCUGGUAUGUCAUAUUAAGGUAUUCGAUUGGGAGGUCGGAUGCCGAUGGGGGCGUUCAAUACUCGUGGUUGUGGAAACUGGCUAAUGUUACCCAGUCACCUUACAGUUAUCUAUGGACUAAUGCAAGCACAGUUCCUGAAUUGGUAGCUGGUCCAUCUCGCAGGACAAUGUAUGUCACAGCUCUCUAUUUCACAAUGACAUGCAUGACCUCAGUCGGUUUCGGUAACGUUGCUGCUGAAACCGACAAUGAAAAAAUAUUUACCAUUUGUAUGAUGAUCAUUGCUGCUCUUCUCUAUGCCACAAUCUUCGGGCACGUCACGACAAUAAUCCAACAGAUGACCUCGGCAACUGCCAAGUAUCAUGAUAUGCUGAACAAUGUCAGAGAGUUCAUGAAGCUCCAUGAGGUACCAAAAGCUCUCAGUGAACGAGUAAUGGAUUAUGUAGUAAGCACAUGGGCAAUGACUAAAGGUCUUGAUACCGACAAAGUUCUUAACUAUUGUCCAAAAGACAUGAAAGCUGACAUUUGCGUUCAUCUCAACCGUAAAGUCUUCAACGAACAUCCUGCUUUCAGGUUAGCAUCAGAUGGUUGUUUACGUGCUCUGGCCAUGCACUUCACAAUGUCACAUAGUGCCCCAGGAGAUUUACUUUAUCACACGGGAGAGUCUAUUGAUUCCCUCUGUUUUAUUGUAACCGGCAGUCUUGAGGUCAUCCAGGAUGAUGAGGUCGUGGCUAUUCUUGGAAAAGGUGAUGUUUUUGGAGAUAGCUUUUGGAAAGAUUCGGCUGUUGGGCAGAGUGCAGCCAAUGUACGGGCACUUACCUAUUGUGAUCUUCAUACAAUCAAGCGAGAUAGACUGCUAGAAGUGCUUGAUUUUUAUCAAGCGUUUGCCAAUUCUUUCGCAAGAAAUCUCAUUCUCACCUAUAAUCUACGUCAUCGGCUCAUAUUUCGCAAGGUAGCGGACGUAAGAAGAGAAAAGGAGCUUGCAGAAAGGGGGAAAAAUGAGCCGCAGUUGGAUCAGUCACAGGAUCACUUGAUGCGAAAGAUAUUUUCAAAAUUCCGGAGAGAACGUCAUGCUGCGGAUGUGGAAAAAGGUGACAACAAGGAGGGAAAAGACAGUGAGAGCCAGCAUACACGGAAACCAUCCUCUGGGGAGGAAACCACUUCAGUACGUCCACGAGCUAGCAAAUGGGGUCGUCUUCUCGGGAGUUCGAGUUUAGAUUCCGGAAGUGGAGAAGGAACCGGAACAGAUACCUUCAAAAGGACUUUAAGUGCAAGAGAUUCAAGACCAAGUUCCAGUGCGGGGACAAAUAAAGUGUUCCCAAAGUUAGGUAAAUUAAGUGGUACCAUUGAAGAAGCUGAUGGAGAAACAACAAAAGAUCCAGCAACUACAAACCAACUGACAGUUGAUUCAAAACAGCUUUCUUUACGUCGCCUGGAGAGCUACGACGGUGGUUUAAUAACUUCUCAACCAGGACAAGACCGUGAGAUUUUAGCAGCAGUGUUAGAAGUUAAAGUUGAUCUUAAGUUGGAAGUCCAACGAGUGAAUCAACGGUUAGCAAAGUUAGAAGAUAUGUUACAAACUGUAAUCAGUCGGUUACCACCGGCAAACUCGUCUCCAGUAUCCAGAGUAGCAGGAAAUGACGCUGGAACUCAAACACUUCCAAUACUUCCUGAGCAAAAGACUGCUGUUCAAGCAACAUUGGAAGUGCCACGAGAAACUGGAGAAAGACUCCAAAUAAAGGAACUGCCACAGCAUCAUCAUCAUCACCAUCAUCAUCAUCAUCAACAACCACAAACAGAACGAUCUAAAGAUCUAUGCAGUGACAGACUGACUGGUGGUUCAACGGACUACAAAAUAUCAUCGAGAGAGGUUAACAAAGAACUUUUAGAACGUCUUACUCAAGCGUCUACUUCUAGAGAAGAUUCUGCGGCGCUUGGACCACUUAUUCUUCGUAAAAGAAGAAGUAAAAUACGAAAUAAAGGUGCAGCACCUUUAGCACCACUUGCGACUCAACCUGUUAGUCCAACGGAUGCAACAGAAACGACGCAAAUGCUUGAAACUGAAGAACAUGAGACUGGUAGUGCUGAUAGGACUGAAAAAAGUGAAAGAAAAAGACCACCACCGAGACCAAGAGAAUAUUUAUGAAAAAAUGUUGAACAAUUUUGGUGUUAUACAAAAUUUUCUUGGUACUCUUCUAUUCUUGUAUGGAAUUGAUUUUAAAUUGUGAGUAUUGACUGAUUUCAUGUUUAAAAAAUACAUAUUUUAACAACGAUGUUGUGUUAUUAAAUGUGUAUGCUACGCCUUCGCUGAAAACUGCUUGCUACGAGCGUAAUUGCGAGUGUUUUCAUUGAAAAAUAACGUAUUUAGAGACAAAAUUAAUUUAUUCAUUAAACUAAAUGUACUCGAAUUUUUAAUUUUAUUAUUAACGAUAAACUGUACUUUUUCAAAUAUUCAAUAUUAAAUACCAAUAACUGAUAGUUUAAAUCUAUAAAAAGUUUUAGAAAAUUGAUUUUCUGAACAUUUCAAUUACAGUUGAUGACAAAAUUAGUUGAGAAAUCUAAUUUUGUCUCUUAAUACCGAAAAAAAAAAACAA